GGGUGGGGAAAGCCGAGCCCAGCAGGCGGGGAGGACUGGCGAGCUACGGGGCCUCUCAGGAAGGAAGCCCCUGGAGGAGCCCCAGAGGAAAGGUCUCCCUCUUGCCGGGGAGGCUUGCCACCCCGGCUCCCCCUCUCUCCCCACGGGCCGUUAUUUCCUUGCUGCAGGAAGAAGGGAAGGAAGUUUGGCGGGGAGGAGCCGCCUCGGUUUGUCGUCUCCCGUGCUGAGAGUUGCCGAGGAGGCCGCAGCAGCAGCAGCCGCCCUGCUUGGAGCUGGACAGCGAUUUCUCGCCGUCCCCGCUUUCGGGCCUCUUCGCCGUGAGUGAAUUCUUGUUAUGGCAAUGCAAGUAUUGGGGCAAUCUGGUGGCAACAGCCUAUUUUCUAGCAAUACUAACCUUAGCAUGGCACUGUCAAAUGACAUGUAUGACUUUUCUGAACUUUCCAAAGCUGAACUGGCAGCACCUCAACUUAUUAUGCUGGCAAAUGUGGCUCUGACAGGAGAAGUUAAUGGCAACUGUUGUGAUUAUAUGGUUGAUGAAGAAAGGCAAAUGGCUGAACUGACAACGGUGGGUAACACCAAUUUUUCAGACAGUGAUGGAGAAGGAAUAGAUGAUUCACAAGAAACAGAGAAUGACCCUGAAGGAAUAGAAGAUAUGGAUAUAGACCUUAUUUCUCCUGAAGUUCAUAAUGCAGAAACACCUGGACUAUCGGAGUCUACUGUUCCUCACUCUUGUAAUCAAGAAAAAGUCUUUUCAUUGGAAGCGCCAGAUGCUGCAGAGAGCAUAGAUGACAAAUGUAAGGGUUUGAAGAACAAACCAUUUCGUUGCAAGCCAUGCCAGUAUGAGGCAGAGUCUGAGAAAGAGUUUGUCCAUCAUAUUCGGGUACACAGUGCCAAGAGAUUCAUUGUAGAAGAAAAAGCUGAGAAACAUGGUCAGGUUAAAGAAACUGACUCUAGCACUACAGAGGAGGUUGAUUUUUCUAAGGGGCCUAUAAGAUGUGAUCGCUGUGGCUAUAACACUAACAGGUAUGAUCAUUAUCUGGCUCACUUGAAGCACCACAACAAAGCAGGAGAAAAUGAGAGAGUCUACAAAUGCACUAUCUGUACAUAUACAACAGUCAGUGAAUAUCAUUGGAAAAAGCAUCUACGAAACCAUUUUCCACGAAAAGUAUAUACAUGCUCACAGUGCUCCUACUUUUCAGAUCGGAAGAAUAACUAUGUGCAGCAUAUUCGAACUCAUACAGGCGAGCGUCCCUAUCGAUGUUCCAUGUGCCCUUAUUCAAGUUCUCAGAAGACUCAUUUAACGAGACAUAUGCGUACUCAUUCAGGUGAGAAACCAUUCAAAUGUGAACAGUGCAGCUAUGUGGCAUCAAACCAGCAUGAAGUAACUCGACAUGCAAGGCAGGUUCAUGAUGGGCCCAAACCAUUGGCUUGUCCCCACUGUGAUUACAAAACAGCUGACAGAAGCAAUUUCAAGAAGCAUGUUGAACUCCAUGUCAGCCCUCGUCAAUUCCUUUGCCCAGUUUGUGAAUAUGCUGCAUCCAAGAAAUGUAACUUGCAGUAUCACAUCAAAUCCAGACAUCCAGACUGCUGUGAUAUCACAAUGGAUGUCUCAAAAGUAAGAUUAAGAACUAAAAAGAAUGAGGUUAACACUUCUGAGAACAUUAACACUGAGAAUAAAGUAGAACAAGAACAAACAAAGAAAGAGUUGACUGAAAAGAAAAAUGAGAGAGUUGUAAAGGAGGAGAAGAAAGAGAGUUUGUCAAAAGAUAAGAAACCAACUAGUACUGCAAGCGUAGGCCAGAUCACAACAAGAAGCCGCAAAAUAGUUGAUGAAAGAAAAGAAGAAAAUGUGAAAAUUGAAAAAACUAAUAAAACUAAGAAGGCAAAAAGGAAAGCAGAGAAUAGCUCUAUUUCAUUGACAAAAGAUUUAUCUACAGAUAUUGACGUAAUAGUGAGAAAGAAAAAGAAAACUGAAAAACUACGACCUAAGAGUCAGGGUGAAAGCAAAUUGGAGGUGACCAAAAAGUCAAAUACUUGCCUUAAAAAAAACAAAAAAAGGAAAUAUUUGAAGAAUAAAGCUGCUAAGAACAAUAACAUUUCUGACAGCAAAAAGAUCCCAGAUGAAGCUUCUGUUCCUAAAGAAUGUUUUCUUAUCCAUGAAAGACAAAGGAAGACAUCUAAUACUUCUUCCAGUGAGCAGGAACCUGUGCUUCUCGUUGAUGAAGAGAAUCAAUUUACACCUGAAAAUAAUGUACAUCAAGAGCUACAUGAACAGCAUAUAGAUACAAAUAUCCCAGUAGAGAUGAAAAACCAAGAAAUACUUACAGAACAAGAGGAGAUUGCAAAAGCUGUUUCAGAGAAUAAUAUUGAAACAGUACUGGCAGUUAUGCCUGAGACCAGCUCUGUGGAUUCAAAUACCACCAUGGAAAAAGAAGCAAAGGACAUUUUACCAGAUUUAUGCCAAGAUAUUCAGAUGACACAAACCUGUGAGAUAGAAAGUGUGACUGAUCCAGAUUUAGUACAAGAAAUACGGUCAGUGCAAACAUGUGACAAAGAGAGAAUGAAUAAAGCACAUCAAGAAGAUGUUUGUUCUACAAAACAAUUAAAGGCUGAGGACCUAGCAGGAGCUCAACCUCACCAAAAACCAGAAAAACUUGAACAAAAUACUGGAGGAGAUUUGGCUUCAUCAUCACCAAGUGGCACAAUAGUGAAUGAAAAUCAGGAUGUGGAAGAGGAUGAAGGUAUCCAUAGUCAUGAUGGCAGCGAUAUAAGUGACAACAUAUCAGAAGGCAGUGAUGAUUCUGGAUUAAAUGGUGCUCGGACGGCCCAAGAAAAAACAGGUCAGAAAUCACCCCAAGAAGUAGCAGAAGCUAAAGCUACAAAGGAGAACUAUGUGUGUAUAUUUUGUGACCGAUCAUUUAAAAAAAAGGGUGAAUACAGUAAGCAUCUGAACCGACAUUUGGUAAAUGUAUACUAUCUUGAGAAGGCAACAAAGGAGCAAGAUUAACCAAACAGUUUAAUGACAAUUUAUUCCUUUUUGUAAAAUCUUCUAGAGCUUAGGUACAGUUCUUGUAGAAUCUUUGCUUAAGCUCAGUAUGCUUUUACUAUUAAGUUGUUGGUUGGUUAUUUCCCCCGACCUUUGAAGAAAUGUUGAACUAAUUAACUGUUUGUUUCUCUUUGAUUAGAGAAGGCAAAUAGGGUAUGAAAUGUUGUGGCUUACAAAGGUGACAAAAGUCCUUGGGAUAUAGCCCUUGAAUCACUUGUGUGUUUCUGUUGACUUGCAACAGAUAUAUAUAUGUACAACUUCAUAGGUUUAGGAAUGGACAGCCCAGGGCAACGUUCACGGGAGUUGCUCCUGUACAAGCUCUUUAGGAAUGAGCUGAAAAUGCAUAGAAGUAUGCAAAACCACGCUCAUGCUCUUGCAGAAGUCUGUUUAUUUCCAUGGAGCUUGAAUUAUAGAUGGUACCAGUUGAUUAAGCCCCAAGUCUGUGCCUGUCCAUUUAAUACAUUGUAAGGAGAGAGUUUAACCUGAAAAAAUCUCAGGCAUAUUCUGCUCCUCUCUUUCCCUUAAUGGAGAAAGUAAAAUAACCAGAGUUUACUUCAACGUGCUAUAUUUUUGAUCACCUACUAGAACUGCUUCUUGAAUCCCAUUUAUGCACACUUACCACAGUAUGGAAUUUCAUGCAGUUCUGUGCCAUUGCAAUAGGUGAACACCAGAACUAUAUGGAUAAGAACAAUUGUUUGAGUAUAUCUGAUGUGUUCAAAUGUGCCCAUACGUUUCUGAUGAUCAGAAUACUGCCAGUCCACAAAUGGGGAUGUUCUAGAUAUAGAUUAUAUGAUCAGGGAAUACCAAUUUUAAUACAUUAACAGCUUAUUCCAUGCAGAACCUCUUCCUUAAAAGAUGAGCAUGAAUUCUGGAUACAAAAUCCUGAGGUUGCUUAAUAACUCUUUGAAAAUUUGCCAAGUACAUAGGUCAUCUUUGCUAACAAAGUUGUUAUAUAAAUGGAAUCUUAGAAAUAAAAAAUAUAUAACGUUGAUGUUCCUAGCAGAAUCUGUUUUGGUUCUUGUUUAUCUUAAUGUAUUGGUAGGGUGAGUGCUUAAAAAAACUCAGCUGUACAAGAAACACAGUAGCUUAUUUUGUAAAAAGAGCACUUUUGGAAAAAAUGAGGUUCAUUAGCGGUAAAAAAAAAUUCAUGAACAUAUUUUUAAUUUGCAUAUACAUUUCAGGUCCCCCAAUCAUGAUCAGCAAGCCAAAAUCUUGAAGUUCUUUCCAUCUAUUGAUUGGUGAAUCCAUAAUUUGGUAAAUACUUCUUUAAAAAAAGGUCAUUUCCUUUUGUGCUUUAAGACAAGAAAAAUGUUGCACAUUAUUGUUUUUAUUUUUACCUAUGCAGUUUAAAUCUUUAGGAGUUUAAUAUUUUUGUUGUAUAUGUACAUUUUAUAUAUGCAUGUUUAGUUUUGUUAAAUCAGUUUCUUCCCUUAAGAUUGACACUUUCAGGUUUGUUGCUUAUCAUGGCCAGUAUUCUCUGCUUCCUUUGACUGUAACUUUCUGAUUCUAUAUUGACUGGUAUGUUUUUUUUGAAAGGUAACAGGCCUAUAAAAUUGCUUUAUUAAUUACAUCAUUUUGGACAAAUAUUUCUGUAUAUUUCUGAUUUAACUAUGUUAAUGUUGUACAAAUAAGUCACAUGUUCCUAUUAGUUUCAAUAGAACUGCACAAUGUCUUUAUAGGGGUUCUCUCUAAUGAAAAUUGGGAACUUAUCCUUCCUUUAAGAAGGCUAUUUAAACUUAAAUCUCUAUAUAAGUUUACAUUUAAAGAGCUUUCUUCAUUAGAAGAAUUAUGGACCCAGCCCAUUGUUAUUUGUAUAUAUUCUGUUUUAAUACAGAUAAUACUUCUGCUUUUUUGCAUUACAAAUAUUUUUGCCAUGUUUCCUCAUUUCUUGGUGAAAUUAAAAGUAUUAAUAGAAGUACUUACUUGGUUUUAAGACAUUGCUAGCAUUAUAAAUGAAAUAUCCAUUGUAAUGAAUAAUUAAUUAUCACAAAAAUAAAAGGCUUGGACCAUAGCUCAUAUUACAUUAUGCUUUUUCCCAAUGUGCAUUUAUUUCAGUGAGUGUUAAUUAUACUCUGUUAUACUCUGAAAUUGCCUUGAUAGAAUCAAAUCGCUCAUUUCAAAGUCCAAUAAAUUAAAAAAAUCCUGGUAAGCAACAAACCUUGAAAAUGUCAAUUGUAAAAAUUUCCAUUUGCAUUAAAUCAAGUUCUAAUCACCCAUUGAUCCUUUUUUAUAAUUCACAUAAAGAAAAAUUGAAAUGAUCAGAUAUCUGAAGAAUAAAUGUUCAGGCACAGGGAGAGAAGCACAACUUUAUUUUAAAGACUUUAUUAACAGGUAAGAUUUGCUUGAAUGUUUUGAAAACACAGAUAGCAAAACUGAGCUUGCAACCUUUCAUUCUUCUUCAUUUUCAAAUAUUUUUUCUUUUUGUAAAUUUAUAGAUGUAAGUGUGAUUUCCAAUACAGCAAAUUAGCAGAUACGAAAACUUGCAUUGUCAAAGUCCACAAUCUGCUGCAAAGCCCCAUUGCUGUGUUCUUGAAUUGUUUUGGUUCAUGUCUUACUGUGUAUGCAUGAGAAUCUCUUGAUUAUAUCUCCAGAUGGCUAACAAGAGACUUAUUUGCUGCUUCAAAAAUAUUGAAACAAACUGUAAUAUUUAAUUUUUUCCCUUGAAGAAAGCUGAUCUUGCAUUAUAGUUUGGAUUAUAUUUAAUUUUUCCAUAUUCCCUUCUCUUUUUUCCUGGAAAUGUUUAUAGCUGUUUCAACAUAAUUAGGCUGAAUUGAGAAACCUAACACUUUUGUAUAGGUAUGGAUGGCAGAUUUGCAAUAGAGGCCAAAGAUCUGAGAGAGAAAAACCCUUUUGGGCAAAAACAAAUUGUGUAAUGUUAGUUAUUUGUGUGUGGAAAACUAUGUCAAAACUUACUUCGCUGUGACAAUCAUUGUCAACUGAGAAUCAAGUUGCAACUAUAUUUAUGUUGAUCCAUUAAACAUUGUGGAAUUGUCUUCCUAACCAGUUAGCUAAAGUAGCAUUAUUCACAGUUCUGUUGACGGAUGUAAAAUAUUGUUGUUUUAUAUGAGGGUUGGACAGAGACUGGAAACUCCAUUACGCUGUGGAUUUUUUAAAAUGUCUUCCUAUUUUAAGAGAGAUACUUUCAUUUUGUAAGAGCCUUUGUGGCCUUGGCCUACAUUACUAGCAAUUUUCUUAAACCAAGUUGGUUAGAGAAAAAAAAGCAGAUAUUUAGUAGUAAUAGUGUUAAUCACAUCAGAUAACUUGAUGUUAAAAUGAUAUAUGACUUGAAAUAGGUACUAGAAGAUGAUUAGAGAUAAAGGUUUCACAGUAGAAGGGAUUAGAAAAUAGUGCCUGUAUUCUUGAGCAUGAGAAUGCAAAGGAAUGAAGUGUUAAAAGAACAAAUAUGCCAGUGAUAUUAUGAUGUGUCUUGAGAUUUAUUGGCUUUAUAACUAUCAUAAAUCCCAAUAUAUUAUUACCUGUUGUCUGUUUAGAAAAAGACAGAAUUACAUGUUUUAAAAUAUACCAGUAAAAGAUGGAAUGUCACUCCUAUCUUCAUGUUAGAUGUAGCUAAUGGAUGAAUAAAUUAGGAAUAAAAGUAUAUAUAACAUAAUAUAUGUUUACUUAAGGUAGUUAUUUCUUAAAUUGAACAUUAAGAUCAUAAGGAUUUGGAUUUUUUCCCCAGCUUCUAUACUAAAAGAAGGCUUCUUAUAGCAGCAGUGCAUAUUGCAACAUCUCAACUUAACAAAUACUUUAGUAUGUCAUGUUGAGCACUAUAGAUGGUAGCACUGUUAGUGUUUGUGGAUACAAAUACUUAAAUUAAAUUCUACAAGUAAAUUAAAGGAUAAGCAGGAACUUGCAAUACGACUGAAUAUUGCUGCUAUCUGGAGCUUGAUUUAGACAUAAGGCAGGAGUGGCAACCCUUUUUAGUCUGAGGACUGCAAUUCUACCCGCAGCCAGCUGGAGAAAAAAGGAUGCUUUCCAAUGAUUCGUAGGUGUCACUGGAAUUAACAUUAUUUUUCAACCCAUUUAAAACCUUUUGGAGGAGAUCUAAGAGAGAGAAUGGGAGCAGGAGGCAUCAGAGUGGCAAACUGCUCCAGUUUUCACACUUAUUUCCCCUAUUGGUUUAAAAAUGUGCUGCCAUAUUAUGGCUGUGUGAUUUGAGGCUGUUUUGGACUAUUUUUUAAAAAAAGUGAAUGAUCUGCCUCGCAGAGGCCUCCUGUUCCUAUCGCUAUUCUAACUUUGGGGUGGGGAGGAUACAAGUUUUUAAAAAUUGCACUGCUGAAAGUUGGCUAUUCUCUGCUGAAUUUCAGUGGUGCAAUCCUCAGGGUGCUAAAAGGCCACCUGUGACCUAGAAGUUUCAAUUUUUAUAGGCAAACUGACAGGUCAGUUUAUGCACAACAUUAAUGAUUUCAGUAUAAAAUACGUUUAGCUGAUAAGUUGUAAAGAGAAGUUCAUUUAAAUUUAUUGAAUCUUCACUAUAUAGCUAACAUGCUGAGGUACAGUAUUGAUAUCCAAAUAGGUUCAGGAAGUGUUUCAAUAAAUAUACAAUUUUCCACCUUUUAAAAUUCAAAUCACACUAGCUAAAGAACUUUUUGUAAGCUGGCACUGAAAUGUUUUAUGUUUGGUUGCACCGUGUUUGAUGCUUUUAACAGUGCAAUACUUGUAUUAUUCUCUCAAUUUAAACCAAAGGUAAUUUGUUCGUGCUUGCUAUCUACUGUAGUGCAUGGUGCUUUUAUACAAUUGUAAUAGAUGUAAAAUCAGAACAGAUCACAUGUCCUGGGUUUUUUAUUUACCUAAACUAUGUACAAGUCUUUGUUCAAAUUAUAAAGUGUUAAACUAAAUUGCAUAUUAACCCUUGAGUGUAUUUUCCUAAGCAUAGUUAUAAGGCAAUAAACUUUAUUAAGGAAUAUGCA